GGAGGGGCAGCGCGGGUCGACGACAGCAGCCGGCGCGCGGCAACGUUUCCCGCCACCCCGACGCGGCUGGCGGUUAAAUUUCCCGCCAUCUCUACAGUGCGAGCGGACGGCGGGGCCGGCCCGCGUCACGUGACUGCUGAGCGCCAAGCACAAGCCGUGACAUCAUCAACACCGGCCGGCGCGUCGACAUCGGAGCGACCGGCGAUGCCAUGUGCACAGCCCGCCCACACUGUAUCAUCGGCGGGGAGCGACGGAGAGCGAUCUACAGCCACGGACGUCGCCUUGCAGCAGCGUCUGCCACCUCUGAAAGAAUUCGUAGGCGCAGACGGAGACUGGGGCGGCUUCAAGAGACGGUUCAUCGCUCAUCAGGAGAUGGCGAACUGGACGGACGCCGAGGCUCUACGCGCGCUGCCAGCGAUGCUGGACAACGACGCCCUGGCUACCCUCACCUCGGCGCCGAGGGAAAAGCGCGCCACCCUACACCUGGCGUUGCAGCUGCUGUCAGCCGUCUAUGGGCCGCCUUCGGACUGCAGGCAGCUUUUCCACGAUCGGCGUCGGGGCACCAACGAAUCACCUCUGGCCUUCCGGACUGCUCUCCUGGCUCUAGCGAAGGCUGCUUUCCCAAGGAUGGACGAGGAAGGAGUGGAUGCCAUGGUGGCUGAGAAGCUGCUGCUACUCGCUGAUGAGCUGGACGUCAACGUCCUGGCUCAAGACGACUCAGAGAUGUCGUCCCUGCUGGUCGCGCGCCACAUCCACGGGGGCUUGCGGUCCCUUCGUCGAAAGGCGGCAAAGGGGGCGGCCAGCCAUGCCAUGGCGGCUACCGCCCUCCCAUCGGAGGAGGUCUGCGGGGUGGAGCGGCGAGGGGAAUGGAGAGCGGCAGUACCACAGGCUCGGAAUGGACCGAGCCGCCAGGAGCAGCCCAGGACAUCGGGGGCGCUCACACGCUGCUACAACUGUGGCCUGCAAGGCCACGUUGCGUCAGGAUGCCGGGCUCCCCGUCAGCGCGGGGCGACACCUCGUCAGGACGCCACGCCGUCUCCUCCCAAGCUCCAGCAGAGAAAUACGGUGAAACAGGAGUGACGGGCCCACGCCCACCAACCCCUCCCGGAGGGGUCGGGGGUCACUCGGCAGCGGAGCCUGACCCUCUUGCACCCGGACCGUCAACAACCGUCACUGAGCGUGCCGGGACGGGCCCUUGUGACGGACCCGCCGCGAGAACGCGCGCCAAAACGCGCAGACUUUUGUGAGGU